GGAGGGGCUGGCUGAUAAUAGGUCAAAGGUUCCUCAUCAUCGACAUUAUGUAUAUGCUCAAGUCAUCUUCUCUGGUUCUUGUUUGCUGUAUUUGUGUGUCUUUGAGCUCGCUGUUGGCUCCAGCAGAGGGUGCUCAAUGCACUGUCCACCCUGACCACAAGUGUCAAGCCACUUGCAAUGGGACAACCUUUGAUAUCAGCAAACUUUUUGAUUAUCCAAUUACUGUGAAGGGCAAGUACGGCGACUACCUGGUAGACCUUUGCAAUGGUGUAAUGUGUCCAGACGCUCUUAAUACAACUGGUGUGGCGAUCUGUCAAAUGGAAAGCCAGUCCUACAAUUGCGGGUUGAUCAAAGAACCUAUCUGGCUCUUUAACUACAACUUUCAGAACACACAGUUCACAGUUCAAUACCCAUGGGGAAUUGAUUGGAGGAUAUCAGAGAUCAUCUUUACUGAGGAUAAGAGUGUGGAGAAAACAACAAUUGAGUUUGUUAAUGAGAAACCAAAUCUGCAAUACAACUUUUUAGUCCGAGGGAAGUGCAUUGGUCAGCCGUACGAUGACUGCAAGUAGUGCUGGACAUAAGCUGGAUUACACCACGAUUAUUAAGUUUAUACUCUUGAGUGUCGACACUACCUUUGUACUGUUUAUAUGCAUGCAAUGAUUUGAUCGGAACAGUCGGUAGUUACACAUAAUUAUUUUGUGAGACCAUCUGCCGCCAUUGAGCCAAAUGUCAUUGUAUACUUUG